AUGUCUUCCGAAAGUCCCCCACCGCUCUUUGAGCGGAUGUCCUCGUUGUUGGACCCAGGACGGAUCAUGCUCUGGGCAAUGUCCCACUAUAUCCAAGUCUUCGGCGAGACCAUUCUGAAAGGCCAACUCCUAGCCCCAUUCACUCAAACGCAAAAACUCCGUGACGAAGCCUUCGGUCGAUUCUGGAUCGACUUCACAACCCCCCGUCAAAUGUCCUCAGACCCCAACAACACCGAAAUACCUCCCCCAGUAGGGUCCUCGGCGCUGAUCCCGCCCCUCCUCCGCACAGCAAGCGGCGUAGUCCUAGACAUAGGCCCUGGCACAGGAACCCAAAUGCCCCUACUAACAUCCCCCUCCAUAACAGCGCUGUACGGACCAGAGCCCUGCACAUCCCUGCACGGCGCGCUCCGCGCAAAAGCCGAGGCAGAGGGCAUCUCCUCCAAAUACCACAUCCUGUCGACGGGCGUCGCAGCCGCGGAUCUUGUUCCUGCACUGCGGAAGACGUCGGGUGUGGUGGAUGCGUAUGAUGCGGAUCCUGCUGCUGGGAUCUUUGAUACGAUUCUUUGUGUGCGGGUGCUGUGUUCGGUGCCGCAGAUGGAGAAGACGGUUGAUGAGCUCUAUGCUAUGUUGAAACCUGGGGGGCGGCUGCUGGUUACGGAGCAUGUUGUUAAUUCGUGGAGGAGGGCGAAGGGGUCGUUUGUUGCGAGGGUUGUGCAGGGUGUUUAUACGCUGCUUGGGUGGAGGUGGUUUAUUGGGGAUUGUGCUUUGGAUCGCGAUACGGAGGCGGUGUUGAGGGCUGCUGGUGGGGGGGAUGGGUGGGAGAGUGUUGAAUUGGAGAGGAGCUUUGAGUGGUCUGCUAUGCCUUAUCUUUCUGGCGUUUUGGUGAAGAGGGGUUGA